GGACCCCAUUUAGCCCUAAAAAAGGAAGAAGGAAAACCUCCGUCUUCGACUCUGAUUUGCAAAGAAAAAUCGAACACUCAUUUCUCAAAGAAAUCUUUGAACCAAAUUCACUUUUGAGUACGGGACGAGAGUUGGCUCAACUCUUUUCUGGCGAAUCUAAAGAAAAUACUGAAGCUUUAAAGGGCCCUCGCACACUCAGUGUUGUAGUUGGUGGUAGGGUUCAAGGUGAAGGACAAAGUAAAGAAUGGCAGAUGAUUACUGGGGGAUUUUGUCCAUUUUCCAUGGGGGGACAUUCGUGGCUGGACCUCCAUUUGAGUACAAAAGGGGAAUAUGUACAGAACAGGCAUUUGACUAUGAUAGGUUGAAUGUUGAUCUCAUCAUGGAUUUCAUUGUAGGUUUAGGAUAUGAGGACGUUAUGAUUAAAAAUGUUUACUACAACAGAAUGUUAGCAAGCAUGCCUAGGCAUUUAAAGUCUUUGGCAGAUGAUGAUAGUAUUAGGGAUGUUAUGAGGAUUGUCAGAGAAGAGAUGAUAUGUGAGUUUUAUGUGGACCAUGAGGUUAAUUUUGCUGAAAUUGCUCCUCUAUCAAUAGGUUGGAUUGAUAAUGAUGUAGUUUAUGAGGAUUGGGGACCACAAGAUAGGGUAGGCCAGAAUAGUAACAAUGAAGUUAAUGAGGGAGAAGAGGAAGGUGACAUAGCAAACAUAACCCAAGACAAGGCAAUUGGUGGUAAUAAGGAUGAAGAAGCAGAUCCUGUUGAUGGUAGUGACAGAGAUGAUGAUGAAGCCAUUGCUGUGAAGGCUACUGCAAGGUCUCUAAGGAAACCAACAGAAGGAUUAGAAGUUCCUCCAGGUUUUGAGGGUUCAAAAACAAGGGUUAGGUACAAAACUGUUGCAAAGAAACCAACUCCUAGAUCUAGUCCCACAAAGAAAGCAACAGAUCCAACCUCAACAUCUACAAGCAAAGGGGUUCCCAUAGAUCUUGUUGAGAAGGCCAGAAGGAGAAAGGAAAAGGCCAAGCUUGCAGAGAAGAGUAUAAAACAUUGCCACAAGGAAGCAAUCAAACAUUAUUCUGUGAGGAAAGGAUGUCCCCUUAUACACAUUAAGAAUGAACCUAAAAGGCAAAGGUUUGUUUGCAAGGCUGGUUUGUGUAGCUGGGAGAUUUAUGCUUCAUUUGAGAAGAGGGAUGACAAUUUCAAGGUAAAGAGUUACUAUCCUAAACACACUUGCUUUAGAAAUCCUAACAACAAGAUGAUGACUUGUGAGAUGGUGGCUGAGUACUUCAAAAGUAGAAUUUAUGCCACUCCUUUCAUAAAAUGUAAAGACAUGAUGACAUUUGCUUAUAAUGAGCUUAGGGUAAAUGUCAACUUCAAGAAAUGUGAAAGGGCAAAAAGAAUGGUUUUAAAGGAGAGGGAAGGAAGUUACAAAGAUGAGUAUGCUAUGAUUAAUGCGUUUGGGAUGUACUUGAAAGAAGUAAACCCUGGGAACUCAGUUUUUAUUACAACUGAUGAGAAUUCUGCUAGUAAAAGAGUGUUUAGCAGGAUGUAUGUGUGUUUGAAAGCAGUUAGUGAUGGUUGGAAAGAACGAUGCAAACCAAUCUUUGGGGUUGAUGGUUGUUUUCUUAAGGGAAUAUGCAAGGGCAUACUGUUAUCUGUUGUUGGUAGAGAUGGAAAUAACCAGAUGUACCCAAUUGCAUGGGCUAUCAUUGAGUCAGAAAACAAUGAUUCUUGGCAGUGGUUCAUGGAAAAGCUUGCAAAUGAUUUGGAGUUGGGCGAUGGACAGGAUUACACCAUGAUUUUUGAUAGACAUCUAGGCAUUAUUAAUGCAAAGGCAGAGGUAUUACCAUUGAUUUGGCAUAAAUAUUGUGUAAGGCACCUCUACUGCAAUCUUGCAAGGCGAAAUAGAGGUCAUGACAUCAAGCUUGCAUUUUGGUUGGCAUGUAGGGCAACCAAUGAGUUCGACUAUCUGGACAAAAUGGAUGCUUUAAGGGCGUUGUCUAAGGAGGCUUAUGCUGAACUGAAUAAACUGCCUGGUAAUUUCUGGUGCAAGGCCUUUUUUAAUGAGCAUUUGUGUGUGGUGAACAAGGGCACAACAAAGUUGGGUCCACAGAAAGACAAAGAACAAGCAGGCCCUAGUCAAACCAAGGUCAAGAAAACAGGUAAAAGGAGUUCAAAUCCCACACAAAAACCAAAAGCAGCAAAAAAGAGCACAAAGGUUGGUAAAAAAGGUGAUACUGUCUAUCUGGAAAGGGUAGAAGGAAGAACAAGAAAAGCAAAACGAAAGCUUAAUGAUAGUGUCAUGGAGGCUGCUGGCAUUGUCAUCGAUGAAGGCAGAGCGGAAUCCAGAAAAAAAUCCAAGCAAGUGCAAAACAAACAGGGUUCGAAAGGAAAGGGAAAGGAUAAGGCUUGACAGAGCAUGAAGGCUGGUUUUUGAUGGCAUGACUACUUUUUUGUUUAUUGGCAGUGUAUACAAUUAUUGAUUUGGCCUUUAAUGUUAUACUUUUAUUUAUGUAUGAAAAAUGUAUUUAUGUGCUCGUGAACAAGCUUAUUUUGGUAUUAUGCUAAUGUGUUUCUGAACAACCUAUUGGUGUUAUGAAGUACAAUGUUCUUUUGGUUCUUUUGUUUGUUACAAAAUGUUUAUCAUCUGCUGUUAUUUUAC